AUGGACAGACCGACUCAGAAGAAGGAGAAGAUGGUGCUGUGUGGAAAACGUGGGCGAGAGAAGAAUGUUCAGCUGCGAUCACCAGUACCUGCAUCUAAUCCCUCACCCUACACCUCACUUUCUCCAUUCAUUCACCUUGCCUCUCAGUUCCCAAUAGUUAUUAAUGAUGCAUCUAACAUUCUCUGCAUAUCUAUCUUUCUAUUCAUAUUUAUCUAUCACUCCCUUCAUAUCUAUCUAUUUAUCUAUCAUUCUUUUCAUAUCUCUAUUAUUCUCUUAUCUAUCUAUCAUUCUCUUCAUAUCAUUACUUCUCUAUCUUGCUACCACUCUCUUUAUCUAUCUCACUCCCUUGCAACCCUAUCUCUCUCUUCCCCGAUCUCUAUCUUGCAACUUCUCAAUCUAUCUUGUUACCUCUCUCUCUACUUCUAUUUAAUCUAUGUCUAUUCAAAUCCAUCUAAAUCAGUCAAUAUAUAUCGCACUAUAUUCUUUUCCACUUAUAGCUCUUUCUCUCUUCUCUCUUUUGGAAUCUAUCUCUUUCAAUUUAGAUCUGGAAUUUUAUAUUUGCUACUAUCUAUGUAUAUCAAUACUUGUACCUCUAAAACUGUAUCCAUCCUAAUCUUUUCCUUUCUAUUUAAAUUUCUUCAUUUCUCUUUCCUUUGCUAUCGAUCUAUCUAUCCUGCUCCAUUCAUAUCUAUCUAUCUACCUGGGUCUGUUCAUAUCUAUCUAUCUAUCUAUCUAUCUAUCUAUCUAUCUAUCUAUCUAUCUAUCUGUCACACCUUUUCAUAUCUAUCUAUCUUGGUCUGUUCAUAUCUAUCUAUUUAUCUUGGUCUAUUAAUAUCUAUAUACAUUAGUCUGUUCAUAUCUAUCUAUCUUUGUCUGUCCAGAUCUAUCUAUCUAUCUAUCUAUCUAUCUAUCUAUCUAUCUCAUGAUAUUCAACAACACUUCAUUGCUUCAUGCAAAUUGCAGUACCUCGAGGAACAAACUAAAAGACUUUCCCUCCAUUGCUGA